AUGUUUAUUAAAAAAUUUUUAUACUUUAGACCUGGUUAUACUGGCUCCCAUUCAACAACAUUUUCCGAUGUAUCGCUCAUUGGCAAUAGUAAAAUCGGAGUCAUUAAUUACCAAGCCAUUUUAGGCCCGGCUUAUAGCGAGUAUUAUAUUCUUGAAACGGACAACGAAAACUAUUCGAUAGUUUGGAGUUGCGAGAACAAAGAAUCUGGACAUAGAAAGAGACACCCAACCAUAGAUAUUGACAAAAUAGCUAGAAUAACAUUUGCAAAACAUUGUAUUGAAAUACCAGCAAUGUCAAAAGUUAAUCUCGAUGAUUGCUGA